AUGCUUGAUGAGCACUGCAUGCAAAACGAAGAAGAAAGACAUUCAGAGGGAACAGCAUCUAUCUAUCUAUCUAUCUAUCUGUCUCGAUCAGUCUUUUCUUGUCUAUGUACCUAUUUAUUUCACUUGUUCAUAUCUAUCUAUCUAUCUAUCUAUCUAUCUCAAUUAUCUGAUAGCGUUACCUUCAUCUAUCUAUCUAUCUAUCUAUCUAUCUAUCUAUCUAUCUAUCUAUCUAUCUAUCUGAUAGCGUUACCUUCAUCUAUCUAUCUAUCUAUCUAUCUAUCUAUCUAUCUAUCUAUCUAUCUAUCUCAAUUAUCUGUUAGCGUUACCUUUAUCUAUCUAUCUAUCUAUCUAUCUAUCUAUCUAUCUAUCUAUCUAUCUAUCUCGAUCAGUCUUUUCAUGUCUAUGUACCUAUCUAUCUCUAUUUCAUAUCUAUUCAUAUCUAUCUAUCUAUCUAUCUAUCUAUCUGAUCGUUAUCAUCUAUCUAUCUAUCUAUCUAUCUAUCUAUCUAUUAUCUAUCUCAAUUAUCAUUAUGUUACUUUAUCUAUCUAUCUAUCUAUCUAUCUAUCUAUCUAUCUAUCUAUCUAUCUAUCUCGAUCAGUCUUUUCAUGUCUAUUCUUUUCAUGUCUAUGUACCUAUCUAUUUGACUCUAUUCAUAUCUAUCUAUCUAUCUAUCUAUCUAUCUAUCUAUCUAUCUAUCUAUCUAUCUAUCUAUCUCGAUUAGUCUUUUCAUUAUGUACCUAUCUAUUUGACUCUAUUCAUAUCUAUCUAUCUAUCUAUCUAUCUAUCUAUCUAUCUAUCUAUCUAUCUAUCUAUCUGUUUCGUACACACACUGUUUGCUUCUAUCAAUCUAAGAAAUAUUUCUUUUUAUCUGUUUGCUUCUUUCUUCCAUUCAACAUAUCCUUCGGCAACACCCUAGCGGCAAAAAACACAGGUAGUACAUAUUAUUGCAAUCUAUCUAUCUAUCUAUCUAUCUAUCUAUCUAUCUAUCUAUCUAUCUAUCUAUCUAGAAGGGAGCUGACAAGCGAGAAUUGCGAGAAAAGAUGCUCGAAGAGAAUACUGUUCAAUUAUCUAUCUAUCUAUCUAUCUAUCUAUCUAUCUAUCUAUCUAUCUAUCUAUCUAUCUAUCUACGUCCAUUAUUCCCUAUUGAUUUCUAUCUGUUCAGUUUCAGUUUUCCCUCAUAUAUGUUUCGUAUUACAUAACUCAGUUCAUGCACAAAUGUCUCCCUAA